UCGUAAAUAGUGACGACGCCUCCGCGAAGGUCAAUCAUUUAAUGAGCUAAACAAAGCUAAACAAACAAAGACACCGAGUUACGUAUAAUGUCCGCGUGGUAGUUAAUUGAUUAUAGACCAGGUUAAUCAUAAUUAAUCAUUAUAACUGUGCCCGCAUCGGACAAACUGUGUUUUGAGACUCGGAACCAAGAGCAUGAGGGGAGACACGGCCACCUGGCGGCGCGCGAGCACUUCCUGUGACGCAGAGAGAAACGCGGUAAAACGACGUUACGGUGUGUGAGAGCAGAGCAGCAGCAGCAUGGCAUCCGGCAGCAGCGAGGCUAACGUUAACGGACGGGAGACCGUCUCCCUCAACGGGGAGCCCGUCGUUAAGCGGCCGCGUGUCUCGCACGAUUCUUCCCUCCGCAUCCCGAAGGAGCCGCACAACAAAGUGACCGUUGUGCUCGGGGCUCAGUGGGGCGACGAGGGCAAAGGGAAAGUUGUGGACUUGCUCGCGAUGGAUGCGGAUAUCGUAUGCAGGUGCCAGGGAGGCAACAAUGCGGGUCACACGGUGGUGGUGGACUCCGUGGAGUACGACUUCCACCUGCUGCCCAGCGGCGUGCUCAACAAGAAAGCCCUCUCCUUCAUCGGCAAUGGAGUUGUGAUACACCUCCCAGGCCUGUUCGAGGAGGCUCAAAAGAACUUGCAGAAAGGGAAAGGAUUACAAGGUUGGGAGGAGAGGUUAAAGAUUUCCGAUCGUGCCCACCUCGUGUUCAACUUCCAUCAAGCUGUCGAUGGAAUCCAGGAGCAGCAGCGGCAGCAACAAGAAGGAAAAAAUUUGGGAACCACCAAAAAGGGUAUCGGUCCUGCGUACUCCUCCAAAGCUGCUCGCAACGGUCUGCGAGUCUGUGAUCUUGUGUCCGAUUUCAAGGUUUUUGAGGACAAGUUUCGCAUGUUGGCGGAACAUUUCCUGACAAUGUAUCCAAACCUUAACUUGGAGGUUGACAGUGAACUGGCGCAGCUGAAGGGUUUUGCAGAGAGACUGGGCCCCCUGGUGACUGACGGGGUGUACUUCAUGCACCAAGCUCUUAAUGGUCCCAGUAAGAAAAUCCUGGUGGAGGGAGCCAAUGCUGCUCUGCUGGAUAUUGACUUUGGCACGUAUCCUUUCGUGACGUCUUCUAACUGCACUGUGGGCGGAGUGUGCACUGGUCUUGGCGUGCCUCCGUCAUACGUUGGCCGAGUGUAUGGCGUCGUCAAGGCCUACACCACCAGGGUGGGCGUCGGUGCUUUCCCAACAGAGCAGAAAAAUGAGACUGGAGAACUCUUACAGACCAGAGGGAGAGAGUUCGGUGUGACGACGGGCAGGAAGAGGCGUUGCGGUUGGCUCGACCUGGUCUUGGUCAGAUACGCCCACAUGGUCAAUGGCUUCACUGCAAUCGCCUUGACCAAGCUGGACAUUUUGGACACGGUGUCAGAGAUUAAAGUGGGCGUGGCCUAUAAACUUGAUGGUGAACCUCUACCAAGUUUUCCCGCAAACAUGGACGUUUUGACGCGGGUGUCGGUGGAUUACGAGACGUUGCCCGGCUGGUGCUGCAGCACCGAGUCGGCCCGGAGCUUCGAGGAGCUGCCGCUGAAGGCACAGAUCUACAUUCGCUUCAUCGAGAACUUCCUGCAAGUGCCAGUGAAGUGGGUUGGAGUCGGCAAGUCCAGAGAGAGCAUGGUGAAACUUUAUUGAUCCGCCUGGAUGAGUUCAGGUUUGGUGAGGAUUACCAAAGGAGUUUAAAAUGCGAACUCCUCAAGGAAACACGUCACCAGCAAGGCUGUUUGUGAAACGUUCUGUUGCUGCUUGUGCAUCACAUUUGCAAUCAUUCCCUCCCCCCAGAAAUAAUUUAUG